CUUUUUUUUUAUACAGGAACAAUCGCGGGAAGCUGGUCCGACCACUUGAGUUCCAGUCCACAGUGGCACCAGGCACCAUCGCACGAGUGGAGCCCAAUAUUAAAUGGUUUGGAAACACACGUGUGAUCAAACAGUCCUCUCUCCAGAGGUUCCAAGAGGAGAUGAAGACGGUGAUGAAGGAUCCGUAUCGAGUGGUCAUGAAACAAAGCAGAUUGCCUCUUUCUCUCCUCCAUGACCGAAUUAAACCUCAUAAUUCCAAAGUCCACAUUCUUGAUACAGAAACCUUUGAAACCACAUUUGGUCCAAAAUCACAGCGGAAACGGCCAAAUCUUCUGGCAAGUGACAUGCAGUCUCUGGUGGCGAGUGCCAUAGCUGAGGCCAGCAACUACAGCCAAGAUAAAGACCGGGAUCUGGUGACAGAAGAUACUGGAGUAAGGUAUACUGUUGGAACUGGCACCUAGAAAUAUGGUUUGGCA